AUGGCUCCGGCAAGCCGUGAGGAGAUCACAUCUAAAGUCUUCGAGAGUCUCAAAGGAACACCUUACGAAGCAUCCUCGCUCGAUGUACUAUCAGGGGGGACUGCUAACUUUAUAUACCGUGCAACAUUAAUACAGUCACUUGAGGAUAGCACGCAAGAAGUUGCCGUUAAGCAUUCUGAGGAUUAUGUUGCGACCUCACCGGGCUUCAAGUUGACUCUAUCUCGUUGCCGCAUCGAAGAAGAAUGUCUCAAAGCGCUAUCAGUCUUUCCUAUCGUUGACAAGGCAGAUGAGAAUGAUUCUUACAAUUUCAUCGUCAGAACGCCCAAGCUCUACCAUUUCGACGAGGCGAACAACACCCAAGUUCAGGAGUAUCUACAGAACGGCAUUGAUUUAAAAAUGCAUACAUUAACAGUUGAAUCCGGGGCUGAUCCAGAGAUAACAAAACACCAAAGUCUCCAGCUUGGCAAGGCAUUAGGAAGGUGGCUCAAAGGCUUCCACGGCUGGGCGGCGCGACAACCCAAGCUGCGACAGGUGGUGGCCGCAAAUAAGGAGUUGCAGCAGUUGAAACACACAAUUAACUUCUCGUGGCUUAUGGACAGAGUAAAUCAGUUCCCAAAUGUCCUCGGAGGUGCUGAAGGUGUCUUCAAAGAGGUAGGGAAGAUGGCUGCGGCAGAGCUAGAGGACGACAGCCAGCUCCAGGUUAUCCACGGGGACUUCUGGACAGGAAAAUACCUCACUAGCAUUCUUCUUCCCAAGGCCCAGAUCCAAGAGGGAGUAGACGUAUCAAUGUUCGUGAUUGACUGGGAGAUGUCACAGAUAGGAAAGCCCAACCUCGAUGUCGGCCAAAUGCUUGCAGAAUUGUAUGAGUUGAAGCUAUACAAGGAUAAAUCAGCAGGCAUAUUUAUGGCUCAGGGAUUUAUGGAGGGCUACGGUCCGGUGAGCGAAGAGUUUGCUUUCCGCACGGCGAUUCAAGUCGGCGCUCACCUGGUCUCCUUUGGGAUGGUAGUCCCGGAUUGGGGAUCGGUGGAGCAGGUUGAAGGGUGUGGACGCCUUGGAAGGGAUAUGAUAACUCGCGCGUGGAAGAAGGACCGCCGGUGGUUUGAAGAAAGCGAUUUCGCCUUUCUAUUUAGUGCGACUAGAUGA